AUGUCCUCUUCGGCAAAGAGACCGAAGAGAAAUACGGGCCCCUGGUCGUCCCUUCGAAUCCUCAACUCGACAUCGCCGAUCCUUUCCAAAGACCUCCACGGCUUUCUGGUGACGUGCAUUUCGGGAUGGAAUGACAACUACAAUGAAGCUGAAAAGCGCACCAUCAUUGAUAGUCUGCCUCCACAGUACAGAAAAUACGAACUCGACGGCGGCGGGCGCUUGGUUUGCCCCAUCUCUAUUGAUUUUCUCCUUGAAGAUGCCUACGUCAAAGCUGCCAUUCCGAAAUUCAAGAGAGACGUCAGCGACGGGUAUUACGAAAAGGGUUGGCAAAAUCAGGCUAGGAAAGCCCUGCAAGAAAGGCAAGAUGGCAAGUUUGACGCAUAUCUCCAGGAGCACGCCGAGCAGGUAUUCGCCGAGCAGCAGGCGCGAGAUGACAGCAGCAACCCCGACCAAGCUGACGUUGUUUCCAGCGACGGCGAGUGGCCCGGAAUGAGUGCCAACGGGAGGCGCAAAAGCCUUCCACGGACCCAGGUCCGUCGACCAAAAACAAACAGGGGCGCUCUUGGGGUUCGAGACUCGCCCACGGACCCUGGUUGA